AUUUAAAAUCUGAUGAAAUCUUAAAUCAAAGAGCUUCACUCUUUCACACAGAGGUAUAAAUCAACCAGAAGACGUUCACAUGAACAUUUGUAAAAAGUCAAAGUUCAGCCAAAAUUUUGAGGUUAAACUUUCUGAUUAUUUGAUGGUAAAAUUAGGAAAUGAUAAAUACGAGCAGCUUCAUGUCCAUGUGAACGCCUCCUCACCUGCUCAGCUUCAUCCUCCUCCUCCUCCCUCCGUCUGAUCAGGUCACGUGUUUUCCAGAGGAGUCUCUUCCUCUUCCUCUUCCUCUUCCUCUUCCUCUUCUCACCCUCUGAAGACCUGGAAAAGUCGACACUGUUUUAACAUCAGCUCACCUGCUCUCCCUCCUCACUAACGUCCACUUUCAGGUCGCAGCGAGCACAAAAACAUGUUUCCUUUGGAUUUCAGCUUCGGCACGAGUGCGUUCACACGGCUGAAUGUUUCGACCCCAAACAUCCAUUUUGACAGAUUUUUUUUUCAAAGCUAAAAACUAACAGCACCUGAAAAUGUGUAUUUAUUUAUUUUUUCAUAACAUUUGGCAGCAUUUAAAAAAAGGAAAAUGGAUGUCUGGUGUUGAAAUCGUAUUCAAGACUUUGAUUUAAAAAAAAAAAAGUCUGUGUCUUUAAAGAAGCUUUUAAGUUGAAUUAAUGUAAAAUUUUAAAAUAUCUUAAUUUUUAUGAGUUUUACUCAUGUGCUCUUGUUUCAGAGUUUACACAUUUUAUGACUUUGGGGGAUUUAGAGUUUACGAGUUUUCAAGAUUUAGGGUUUAUAACUUUUCCAGUGGUCAAAAUUUAGAAUUUCUGCAUUUUAUGAGGUUUUAUUUUAUUUUUAUUUUUUGGGGGAUUUAGAAUGUAAGAGUUUUCCGGAUUUAGAGUUUAUUAGUUUAACUACCAGUCAGACUUAACGCAUUUAAUGAAUUUUUAGGGAUUUAGAGUUUACGAGUUUUAUAUGUGGUCUGAAUUUCACAAGUUUUCAGAAAUUAGGUUUUACAACAUUUGUGAUUUUCAGGAUUUGGAGUUUUCAGUUUUUGGGAUUUAAAAUUUACAAUUUGUAUCUGUUUUCGAGUUUAACAGGUGAUUAUGAUUUACACAGUUUUUCAGGAUUUCAAAUUACAACCUUUGCGUGUUUUCAGGAUUUUGAGUUCAUGAGUUUUUAGGAUUCAGAGAUUAGAUGUUUUACAAGUGGUCAGAAUAAAGUUUGCACAUUGUAGUUUUUUGGGAUUUAGAGUUUAUGAGUUUUCAAGAUUUAGAUGUUUUAUGGGUCUGAAUUUAAAGUUUAAGCAUUUCAGAAGUUUUCGGGAUUCAUAGGUUAAGUGUUUUAAAGUGGUCAGGAUUAUUAUUUAGACAUUUUAAGUUUUCAGGAUUUACCUCUUCACCUUUUUGUAAAAAACAAAACACAGUUUACAUCUGAGAUGAAAAAAAGCCUCUUCUGUCUAAACACUGACAUUUAGGCUGAAUCUAAAAACAGUUUCUGUGCAGAGAAAAGAGUUAACUCUCUGAAAACCUCAAACAACUGAUUUACAAACUUUCUCUCUGAAGCUCAAAACUAAAAGACUCUUACAUUUUUUCCGAAUCUGUUUGACAUUCGGGUAUUUCUGGCACACUGCGGAUCACGCGGCACGCAGCAUGCUACAUUUUGGUCCAAUCAGUCCGUGCUGCGAGCAUCGCAGGCGGUUUCGAACGCAGUCUACGUUUCGGAUAAACGUCACUUUAUCACGUUUUGCACCUUUUCUGUGUAACACCUGCUGGGUUUGUGCACACGUAACUCUUCAGUUUUAUCAAGUCUGAACUUCCUGUGCCUCUGCUUUUCAAAAUAAAACUAACUGCUGUCCCUGGCCCUCUCCUGCAGCUCAGAGUCUGAUGCCCCUGCGGCAGAGGAUGGGAGACCCCGCUCUCAUGUUCAGCUCGCAGAGGGACAUCAUGAACCGCUCCGACUCUGACUCCGCCCUCCCUCUCUCUCACGGCGAAUCACGAAGCUUAUACGGCUCCAAGCCCUUCCUCCUCUCGUCCAGGCUCCACCCCCUGCAGGGUUCGGGCUCCAGGAUCGGAGGAGGAGGAGGAGGAGGAGGAGGCGGCCUGGAGAAGAGCUCCAGCCUCGGGGAGCUGAGGGGCAGCCCAGCCGCCCUCCUCGCCGCCUCCUGCUCCACCCGCUCACUCUGCAUCACAUCCGACGCCGCCGCCGACCUCCCCACCGCCUUCUGCUCCUCCGCCUCCUCCAGCUCGUCAGGCAGCGGUCGCGGGACGGGCGUCCAGCUCCCGACCAGGAGGAGCCCCGUGGAGGAGGACGGAGGUGAGGAGACUGAGUCGUCCAGCAGCCGGAGGCGAAACGCUUUUAAUAAGAUCUUUAAGAAGAAGCAGGGACGCCACUGAACGCCUCCAAACGGCUCCAAACGGCUCCAAACGGCUCCAAACCCAACUGAACGCCUCCAAACGUCUCCGAACGCCUCCAAACGGCUCCAAACGGCUCCAAACCCAACUGAACGCCUCCAAACGGCUCGGCUCCAAACGGCUCCAA